UACCUAUUUUCAGGCCGCUUCGGUCCAGUUACUUGAUCCAGAGGGAGCACCGACGACAGAUGGGCCAUAGGAACCUAUGGGAAAUGUCACCACUCCCAGGCAUAACUAACCAUGUAGAGUGCCCUCUCCUCUCCACUGCAGCCGGCACUGGCUUACACCGGGGAGAUCGUGUGACCAGUACUGCAGAGGAAUGAAAAUAGGUUCAGGCAACGGAUGUUUGGGUCACCAGCUGAUGAGCUGACCUCAUGAAGGUUCCAUGGUGGUCAUUAUCAAUGUUCAGCCCCAACCACAGCUACUGGUCGAUGGUUCCGUGAUCCACUGGCUCUGACGGUGUCAACUGUCUUCCUCCUGCUUGGUUGGUUCAGGGAAAAAACAUGGAGUGCUUUCUCAGCCCUAGCUACACCAACUCAUCCAAUGACAUCGGCCUGAACGAUUCUGGAGCAAGUGACAAACAAUCCCAAUCUCCCCAACAAGCAAGCCCGGAAGGUGCCUUGCAUCAAAGGUUUUACGGCCUUUGGGUGGCGUUGCUGAUCAUCAACACACUUAUCUUCCUGGUGGGCAUAACGUUGAACAGUUUAGCCAUCUACGUGUUCUGUUUCCGAACCAAAGCCAAGACCACCUCUGUUAUUUACACCAUCAACCUGGUGGUGACGGACCUCUUGGUGGGCCUCUCUCUACCAACACGUAUCGUCAUGUACUAUAGUAACGUAGAGGCCUGCCAAACCUGCUAUUUCGUUCACAGCUUCACGUACUUUGUCAACAUGUACUGUAGUAUUCUUUUCCUGACUUGCAUCUGUGUGGAUCGCUACAUGGCCAUCGUGCAAGUCGAGGCCUCGCGCAAGUGGAGAAACCCCAACUACGCCAAAUGUAUCUGCGUUUUUAUUUGGAUAUUCGCUGUGGUCGUAACUUUCACCAUAUUGACCACAACGAUAUACCACAAACAUUGUUGUCUUUUUCAGCUUUUCACGCUGACCGCCUUUGAGUACUUUGUUCCUCUGAUAAUUAUCACGUUCUACACCGUGCGGAUCAUGUGGGCUUUGUCCAGGUCAACGCUCAUGAACCAAAGCCGAGAGAGACGGAUGAAGGCGGUACAGCUUCUCAUAACAGUGCUGAUCAUCUUUACGGUUUGUUUCACACCCAUCCAUGUUAGUCAAGUGGCCUUCUGUGCCGGUAGCGAGGUGUCCCAGGACGUCAUCCUCAUUGUGUACCACAUCACAGUUACCCUGAGUAGCCUUAAUAGUUGUAUGGACCCCAUUGUCUAUUGUUUUGUCACCAACAACUUCCAAUCCACCAUGAAAAGUAUCUUCAGGAAACAACGGCCGGAGCCAAUCACUACGGAUUUCUUCGGUCUACACAAGAACUCCAAAAGUUCGGGCACAGCUUUCUCGGCUAUUUCAAAUGCCAUAGUAACCUUACCUUUACAGAACAGUAAUAUUAUCUAGUGGAAUGGUCGCCAUCGUUCAUUGUUGGACUCGGCACUGACAAGACUCCUUAGUCAGAUGUUCCUUAGCUUUGGCCACAAAACUCUUCACAAGGAAUACAGAGGGCCAGAUUCUCGUCCAGCGGCGUAUCUUUGCGGCGACGUAACGUAUCCGAUUUACGUUGCACCUCCGCA